GACAAUGCACAUCUCACUGUAUAAGAAAAAAGCCAUCUAAGCAUCCGUGUGAUCUGCAGACCUGACCGAGGCUUGGGAAGAUUUACCGCCAAAACCACAUGGGCAACUGAAUCAUCAGUGCAUUUGAGGACAGAUUGAAAGCCUUUGACUGCCGAGAAGCCGGGGAUAUUAGGAGUACACGAGCAGAUAUACCCAGCGGCACAAUGGCGGAAGAUCAGGAGAACCAGAAACCGUUGGAGAAUGAUGCUGAUGAGACGUUUAGCGACUCCAGUGGAAGUCCGGAGAAGCAUUACCACACGAACAGUUCGUCUCCGACCAAAAGCAAAGGGGAUACUCUUAGCAGCCAGAAGUCCGACUCGAAGUCCUCUCCCAGGAAGAGCCCGAAGAAAGUAAACAUGGUCUUGUGUAGGGUUCUUCUCUUGGACGGGACCAACUACGAGACAGACAUCAACAAAAAUGCUGAUGGAGUGGUUUUGUUUGACAAUGUGUGCAAAAGUCUGAACCUUUUGGAAAAGGAUUACUUUGGACUGUCCAACAAAGAUGCUGCUGGUUACAAGUACUGGAUUAACAAUGAGAAGAAAAUUGCCAAGCAGACUAAAGGUGGACCCUGGGUGUUCAACUUUGAGGUGAAGUUUUAUCCACCAGACCCGUCCCAGCUGCAUGAAGACAUCACUAGGUACCUGCUUUGCCUCCAGAUCCGGGUGGAUGUCCUGAAUGGAAAACUUCCGUGCUCUUUCGUCACACAUGCUCUGUUGGGCAGCUACACUAUCCAGUCAGAACUAGGUGACUACGACCCCAAGGAACAUGGACAUGGCAUUGAGUACAUCCAGGGCUUCUUCUUUGCUCCCAACCAGACACAGGAGUUACUGGAGAAAAUUGCAGAGCUUCACAGGACACACAAGGGACAAACUCCAGAAGAAGCAGAGCUCCAUUACCUAGAAAAUGCUAAGAAAUUGGCGAUGUAUGGUGUGGACCUCCACCAAGCCAAGGACUCUGAAGGAGUGGACAUCAUGUUGGGUGUGUGUGCCAGUGGUCUGCUGGUCUACAGAGAUAGGCUACGUAUCAACCGCUUCCCCUGGCCCAAGAUACUCAAGAUUUCCUACAAACGGAACAACUUUUACAUCAAAGUCAGGCCCGGAGAGUUUGAACAGUUUGAGAGUACUGUAGGUUUUAAAUUAGGUAACCACAAAUUGGCAAAACGACUGUGGAAGACGUGUGUGGAACAUCACACCUUUUUCAGAUUGAAGGAACCAGAGCCCACAAAGAAUGCAACAAUGUUCCCGCGAUUCGGCUCCCGAUUCCGCUACACUGGGCGCACACAGUACCAGACAAGGCAAACGGCGGCUUUGAUAGACCGAGCUCCACCAAACUUUGAGAGAAGCAAGAGAUACUCGAUGCCAGACCGAUCACGAAGCAUGGAAGACACUCGAUACAAGGGAGAUGAACGCUUCCCGGGUGAGCACAGACAGGACCAGAGGAAGGUAGCCACACCCCUCGUGGGAAUUGAUCCCACACAGAAACCAGAUGGCCGCAGACUGCCUGAAGAUCACAGGCGCCGUCCAGGAGAACGCUCGCCAGAAAUGGAGAGAUUCUUGGAAGAACUGGAAGGUUUCAAGAGAGCCCCAUCUCAACAUGAAAAGGACUCACACACAGGUGCCAUGCACAAGAUCAAGGAUCAUGCUCCACAAGAAGACAAGGCGGAGAUGCUGGAUCUGAUGAUAGCUAAUGGUGUUCCACCCUACAACAACCUCUCAAAGGAUAUGGAAAAAUUUUUGAAAGAGUUGGAAGGCUUCAGAAAAGCUCCCAAUGCCAAGGCUAAGGAUCAGCACACUAAAGCCAUGCACAAGAUUAAAGAUGGGGCAGACCAUGAAGAUCAGGACAAGAUGAUUGAGCUGAUGAAGGCUAAUGGAGUACCUCCCUACGAUCACAUGUCACCAGAUAUGGAGCAGUUCCUGGAUGAAUUGGAAGGCUACAAGAGAGCCCCCACCCAGGAAGGAAAGAAUUACCAUGCAGCUGGUAUGGGUAACAUCAAGAACAGGGCAGCAGCUGAGGAUCGGGCAAAGAUGUUAGAUUUGAUGAUUGCCAAUGGUGUUCCACCCUACGAUAAAUUGUCACCAGACAUGGAGAAAUUUGUCCAUGAAUUAGAUGCCUACAAGAAGGCACCAAAUGCAAAAGCUAAGGAUGGCCAUACAAAGAACAUGCAUAAGAUUCGUGACCAUGCCAAGCCAGAUGACCAGGAGAAGAUGACAGAGUUGAUGAAGGCUAAUCGUGUUCCUCCUUAUGACAAACUUUCUCCUGAUAUGGAAAGAUUCUUAGAUGAAUUAGAAGAUUUUAAAAAGGCACCUACAGCUGAGGAUAAGGCGAGACAUGUUGCAGCCUUACACGACAUCAAAAAUAAAGCUACACCUGAAGACAAAGCUCAAAUGUUGGACCACAUGAUCGCAGCAGGAGUCCCUCCAUAUGAUAAUCUGUCCCCUCAAAUGGAAAAAUUCCUCAAGGAGUUGGAUGGUUUUAAGAAUGCAACCAAUCCAAAAGCCAAGAACCAACAUACAGGAGAAAUGCAUAAACUCAAAGAUGGUGCUACGCCAGAUGACCAGGACAAGAUGGUUGAACUGAUGAAAGCUAAUGGUGUCCCCUCCAUAUGAUCAUCUAACACCAGAUAUGGAGAGGUUCCUGAAUGCCUUGGAUGCCUUUAAGAGGGCUGUGGCCCAAGAGGAAAAGGUGUACCAUGCAGCUGGCAUGAACGACAUUAAAGAUAGUGCUAGGCCAGAAGAUAAGG